AUGGCUCACGCGCGCAUCCGCCUCGUGCUGGCAGCCCUUCUUCUCUUCAUUCUAACCUCCCUGCUCGCCCCAUUCUUUUGUAAUCUUUACCUACUGCUGCGAUUACCCUUCGUGUGGAAAACCUCAUCAGCCAAUGCGAUUAUCAGCCAGCAACAUGACGGAUUCGAUCUGACCUUUUCCGACUACAACAGCACGUACUCCGUCGCUGACACCGGCCUGUCCGUCCCUGUUCCUGCACGGCUGCAUCACGUCCAACUGGGUGCACAAUCCCCACGUCCAGAGUGGCAGGCUGCUCGCGAUGAGUGCCUCAAGCAACAUCCGGACUGGGAGACGUUUCUGUGGACCGACGAGAAUGCUAGCCGCUUCGUCCAGAAUUACUACCCGCACUUUCUCCCCACCUGGGAAAAUUAUCCACACCUUGUCCAGCGCGUGGAUGCAUUGCGAUACAUGGUCCUGCACAAGUAUGGAGGCGCCGUAUUGGAUUAUGAUUUGGCAUGUAAACGGUCGUUGGAACCCCUGCGUCGAUUCGAAUUUGUCGCGCCGGCGGCCAACCCAGUCGGUAUCUCCGUUGGCAUGAUGCUCGCGGCACCGAACAACCCCUAUGUUAAUGAUCUGGUGCGGAACCUGCCAAAUUUUAAUCGACGGUGGUCGUUUCUGCCUUACAUCACAGUUAUGUUUAGCACGGGAUGCCAUUAUGCCUCAACCAUCUACACCAUGCAACGCCAAACCUCCACCCUCCGCGUCCUGACCGGUCCCCCCGAGAACCCGCGAAUGCAUAUGCUCAACGGUGUGGUCAAUACCCCGCUCUUUCGACAUUUAGGCAGUUCCUCAUGGCAUGAGAAAGACGCACGCUUCAUCAAAGCGUUUGCCAAUAUGGAUCAACGGGUGGCGUUUGGGAUGGUUUUGUUCGCUUUGGUGGGAGGAUGCUGGGCUGUGAGCUUAUGUGUGUACUCGGUGUCGGGCAUGGCAUCAGAGGGAGGCAAUCUCGCAAGAGAUAGAGAUGUUGCGGAAAGCACAUGGUUCAUAAUUACUUGUAACUAUUAG